UUGCCAUAUGAAGUUGAACAUGGCAGAAGAGGAGGAUUACAUGUCUGAUUCCUUCAUCAAUGUCCAGGAAGAUAUCAGACCAGGAUUGCCAAUGCUGAGGCAAAUCCGAGAAGCCCGUCGAAAAGAAGAAAAGCAACAAGAAUCUAAUUUGAAAAAUAGGCAGAAGACUUUAAAAGAAGAAGAACAAGAAAGACGUGAUAUGGGGUUGAAGAACGCACUAGGUUGUGAAAACAAAGGGUUUGCUUUGCUCCAAAAGAUGGGAUAUAAAAGUGGUCAGGCUCUUGGCAAGAGUGGAGGUGGUAUUGUUGAACCAAUUCCAUUCAAUGUCAAAACAGGGAAAAGUGGCAUUGGUCAUGAGGCAUUAUUAAAACGAAAAGCAGAGGAAGAAUUAGAAAGCUACAGAAGAAAGGUUCACAUGAAAAAUGAAGCCCAAGAAAAAGCUGAAGAACAGUUUCGAAUGCGACUUAAAUAUAAACAAGAUGAAAUGAAGCUGGAAGGAGACCUUAAAAGAAGCCAGCGAGCCUGUCAACAGUUGGAUACCCAGAAGAAUAUUCAGACUCCCAGGGAGGCAUGGUAUUGGUUGAGGCCUGAAGAAGAGAGUGAAGAAGAGGAAGAAAAACAACAAGAUGAAGAUGAAUUUAAGAGUGAAGAUUUAAGCGUUCUGGAAAAAUUACAAAUAUUAACUAGCUAUUUAAGAGAAGAACAUCUGUAUUGUAUUUGGUGUGGGACAGCCUAUGAAGAUAAAGACGACCUUUCUUCAAAUUGCCCAGGACCAACUUCUGCAGAUCAUGACUAAAAAUAUUUCCAAUAAAGUGGAACCUGUAAAAAUGUUCAUGUUUCCU